AUGGCGGGCGCUCCAGUGCGAAGAGCUCCUUAUAAGGACACUUUGCAGCCUGCUUUGCAUAGGCGCUUUUCUUCGACAGCUAUUCUUUUGUUGGCUGUGUCGUAUCUGGAAGCUCUCCUCCUGGCCAACUGGGGCUCAUAUUUCUGGUCCUGGUUCCCAAUUGGACCUGCCGGUUUCCGAACACUCCUCAUAUUCUCAUGCGGCCUCUCCAUCCUCAUCCUGCGAAUCGCACAUUACCAUGUCGGCCUGAAAACGACGGAAUCGGGGCUGCAAACUCUCAACUCGUCACUACUUAGCCUGUCCACAUACGAAACUGGCUUCUGGUACAGCGUCUCGAGCUUCUUGUUCUGCCCCAUCUUCCUCUUUUCCAUGUCGGAAUCCUCGAACUUGCAGUGGAUAAUCUAUUUUGGCGGCAGCCGAGCACGAUUGAACGAGCGACCGUUGUUUCUUGCUUGCUAUCUGGGAGUCUGUGCCCUGUUGCAAACUGUCGCUCACUACAAAAUCGACGUUGACAGAUUGGAUUUCGGCAUUUCCAAGCGGCAGACUAAAACCCAGCACAAGGCGCUCAGCGUUUUGCCACGCUCCUUUCAGAUUGUCCUCCUUCAGCUUCCUGGGACCCUGGCAGGCUGUGCACAACAAGCCAUCUCAGCUUUGCUGCUGUGUCUGAUUCUAUACUACUUCAUCCUGCGGGGCUUCGCAUGGGGUUGGGCUUUGACGUUCCUUCGACCUUUUUACAGUCUACCCAAGACCAGCAUAGUCCCAUCGACAUGGCCGACUGAUAUAUAUCUACUGUUCCGGUGCGCUUAUGCCGGCACAUUGAUGAACUUUAUAUGGGCUACCGGAAACACAGCCUUCUCCGUCUUCAUGGUCAGAGAGCCCUUGAAGAACGGCAACCCUUUAACGUCGGAGUCGAAGGAUCCAAAUGGCUCUCUGCUGAAUGGACUAAAGAGCAAGAAGCUCUCCAUCAAGUCUUUCGCAAUGUGGGAGCUUGCCAUCAUCGCUCAAGAUUUCGAGGCUAGACGACUGGCGAUCUUUUGUGAUAUUGACCGCAAAGACGGCCCGAUGUGGUCGCAAGUCUAUGCUAUCUGCAUGGAACUCCUAAAACAAAUGGAGACCCGUAUUGAUGAGUACGGAAAGCCGCCGCCCUCCGCCGUCCCGCAACCAAAUCCUCCUGCCGAGGUAAAGCAACGUACGUCAGCUCCGCUUCGGCAAGAUGCCAUUUUCACGAAGAAAGGCGAGACAUCUGGGCUGCUCGGCGGCGUGGAGAAGGCCUGGGAUCAGAUCGCUCGAGCUCCUGGUUCAUCGCCUGUAUCGGAGCUCAGUCCGUUGGCGAAAAAGACAUGGAAGGAUGCCAAGGACAGAGUGCUCACCAAGGAGCAGCAGGAGGCAUUAUCUCCUGAGCAUCUACGGAGUGAGUUUGGCAACUGGACGACGAAUCUCAUGAAAAUCGAGUACAUUGGAGGUUUGUUCCGACACGAUUUUCGUACUCGAGUUGCCGGCGUUGUCAUGGGGACUCCCUACGCUGAGCCUACUCUCUACACCAAUGCUGUACAAGCUCUUUGCCUUCUGGCGGUUCACAGUCUUGCCGAGGAUCAGUUUGGAAACGUUCAUAGGGAUGUUCCCAGCAUCAUACGAACUCUAACUGCGGUGAUCCGAAAGGUUGAGAACCUCAAGCAACAGUUUCCUUUGCACUGGACAGACCCAAGUGGCAAUAGAGAGUCACCAGAAGUGGACCAGAUCCUUGAUACAUUAAGGACUGGCUUGGAGCAGGUCGUUUCAAAAUUUGAGCCCUACAGCAGUGACUUAAGGCUCUCUCUUGGGGAUCUUCGCUUGGCAAAGGAAUCCUUCGCGCGGCCUGAGAAGGAGGUUCCUGCCCCGAAAGAAAAGGAGCCCGUUGUACAAUCAAAACCCAUAGAGGGAAAGAAGGCAGAGUCGUCAAGAGCGCACCGGCGGGAGUAUAAAAGGGUGGAAAUGGAACAAGUACGGUAA